UUUUCGGCUCUUUGAUGCUGGACCGGUAAAAUCCGCGUGUACAGCAACCGUUUCCUCGUUCACGCUCGUGAGGUUGCCACGGUAACGGCCAGCCCUCGUUCGCGCUGGUGGAGCUCUCGUGCAAACUCAAGUGCGAAUGUGGCUAAUGUGGCACAGCUCGGUUUCCAGCUAAACUUUGGGGCGGUUCUGGGGGGGGUUCGGUGUAGGGGCUCCCAGUGGUAUCCUGAUCUGGUUAAGACGUUCUCGCGAUGCAGGACAGACUGUUCAGCUGCUGCUUAUCCCGAUGGCGUCUGCAAACUCCACAUAUGGACAGAAGGAGUCAACAGACCAGAACUUUGAUUUUAUGUUUAAAAUCCUCAUCAUCGGCAACAGCAGUGUUGGGAAAACGUCUUUCCUGUUCCGCUAUGCAGACGACUCCUUCACUCCAGCUUUUGUUAGCACGGUGGGCAUCGACUUCAAGGUCAAGACCAUCUACAGGAACGACAAGAGAAUAAAGCUGCAGAUCUGGGACACGGCUGGUCAGGAGCGGUACAGAACCAUCACCACAGCCUAUUACAGGGGAGCCAUGGGCUUUAUCCUCAUGUAUGACAUCACCAACGAGGACUCCUUUAAUGCUGUGCAGGACUGGUCGACCCAAAUCAAGACAUAUUCAUGGGACAAUGCGCAGGUCCUGGUGGUGGGAAACAAGUGCGACGUGGAGGACGAGCGGGUGGUGGCUUCAGAGAGGGGCCGUCUGCUGUCUGAGCAGCUGGGAUUUGAGUUCUUUGAGGCGAGUGCCAAGGACAACAUCAACGUGAAGCAGACUUUCGAGCGGCUCGUGGACAUCAUCUGUGAACGGAUGGCGGAGAGUCUGGACAACAACGACCCGACGAUCACCGGAGCCAAGCAGGGGCCUCAGCUCACAGAGCAGUCCACGAGGUCCCAGGACUGUGCCUGCUAAAUCCCCACCACUGCUGGUCUAGACUUUACACUUCAUUCUUUGUUUUGGUUGGGGGACAUUGCUAUUGCAGACCAGCUUUCUGGUUUUUGGACCCACAGCCGGUGCGGUUUGUAGACACACGCAGAUGUGUGUCGCUAUCAAAGGUCAGAGGAGUCAAAAGUCGUUUUGUUGACCUACAGGCAACCGCCGCGUCAUCUUUCCACGCUGCUGGAAGCCCAACAUGUCUGACCACCCUCAUCUGGAAUCCUGAUACACUUGGUUUUUAAGAAACCCCUUUCUUUAAUCAUGAGCUUACACCGGACCGUCCUGUAAAGAUGACCUUUCUCCACCAGUUUGCUAGGAACUCCUGAAGAGGAUUCCUGGUGUGAAUUGGCUGCUGAUAAAUGAGCUGAAAUGUGGUUUUUGUUGGUAGACGGUGUGUUUGCACAUUUUCAGGCUAGCACACAAAAGCACAACACUAAAGUGGGGUUCAAUACGUUUAAACUCUACUAAAAAGACUUCAGGUACAACUUUGUUCCAGUUACCAAACUGUACUGAAUGAUAUAUUACUAGUCGUGUCAAAGUAAUCCUUACCCUCCGAUGUUACUAUGGAAGGAUUGUAAAGUAAUCCUGUCUUAUUUUAUGUUGCUUCCUUCACAGGACCUUCAGAAAUCAACCAAACAUGUACCACACAGCAUUUUACAUUUGGUUGACGGCUUUAGGGUUUUAACAGAAACACUGUUUUAAAAAAGUGAACGCUCUGGAAGCACAAUGAGAGGACCGACCCUAAACAUUAGUCAGUUUGGUCCAGGUACACAAAAGACGGACCUACACAUGUAGUACAGCAACAAGGCAGGUUAGCUUCAGGAGAAUCCAGCAUUAGGACCACAAAGGACAAGUUAAGGUGUUUGGGUUCAUGGAGUGGAACCAAAAACUAGUUAAAUGAGGGGAAAUAUUUAGCAGAAAAGCUGAAAAUGACUAUGCAGUAGAUGAAAUUAUGAUCUCAUAGUCUCGCUGUUUGACACCACUGUGUUUUGAGAAGCAGGUUUAUUUAGUACAGAUGUUACCGAACAGAAUAUUCCUAAGGAAAAUGCCUUACACUACAUGAACAUGUGACUGUAACACAUGACGUUUCUAAUGAGUUACUCCAACACCGUUCAGGCGUGUUCUGGAACCGGGAAGCUUUCCCUCCAGAGCAGAGGCUCUACUCUUUCUACAGCUGCUGUAACAGCUCUCAUGUUAGAAUCUAGCUUUGUGGCUUGUCCUCUGUCGUUUUAUAAAUUUAGCUGGAGUUCUGUAACAUUGUUUAGCUCUUUCCAGUGUUUUUCUGUAGACGUCAAACCAGAUUCCUGGAGUUUCUGCUCUUGUUCAGCACAGAGCUGCUGGAAAAGGCUGAAGUGGAGAAGAACAGCACUUCUUAUUUCUUUCGCUUUAUUUGUAACGUAGUUUAUUGCUUAGAGGAUUUGUUUUUACAGAUGUGUUGAUUUGUCCAAAUGUUCUGGUUUAGGUGAAUGUGUUUCCAGUGUUGACCGAGCAAUGAUGCUCCAGGCAGAAGUCGGACAUUCCAGCCUCCUCCUCUGCAGUUCUCACCCACUGUCCUCCUCCCAGCGGGUGGAUGGAGGUUCAGGACUCCAUUAGGAUGUCAGGGACAAUGAAGCAGCAGCAGGGAAGGUUGUUCUUUUGUGUUUUGUGGUAGGAAAAGUGUUUGGAAGAUUGUUCUGGAUUGAAAGUGAAUUUUAUGACGAUGUUUUAUUCCUGUUUAAGUAUUUUUCUUCUUUUGCUACACGUGUGAACUCAGAACUCACACGUGAACUGAAAACCCGACAGGCUUGUUAGCUGUUUGAAAUGUGCGCUGUACGUAUGAAAGUGAGAAAUAAAUCCUUUCUUUUGAAAAAAGGAA